AUGCCUCCAACAGUCGCGCAGAUUAUCGCGCCCUAUGAGUACCAACCAGAACAUGUCGAGCGCAUAGCCUUCCGAACGGUACAGCCUCCCAUUACUAUCCUCGAGCCAAACCCAGUAUGGCCGCAACGGUUCGAAGAGGUCAAGGAGCGAAUUCAGAACGCCCUCGGGGAAAUAGUCAUUGAUAUCGCGCAUUCCGGCUCUACAAGCGUUCCGGGCCUACCAGCCAAAGAUAUCAUCGAUAUUGACCUCUCUCUAAAAGAUGCAACGGAUGAAAUAUCAUAUGUGAAGCUGCUCGAGGACGCAGGGUUUCGAUUUAUUCUACGCGAACCCGGAUGGCAUCAACAUCGGUUUUUUGUGGAGAAUUGGCCCGGCGCAUAUCAUGUUAAUCUUCACGUGUGGGGUCCUGACUCGCCGGAAGUUGUCCGACAUCGUAUCUUUCGUGACUGGUUGCUUCGAAAUCCGGAGGAUGUACAGCUGUAUGCGAAAGUGAAACGUGAAGCAGCUGAACAAUCGGCUAUUGCUGGGGAUUCUAUGAUGGAUUAUACCCAGCGGAAAGAUAAAACCAUUCAGGAUAUCUUGGGAAGAGCGUUCCGAGACAUGGGCUACAUUCAGUGA